AUGGAAAAUUAUAACCAAACAUCAACAGAUUUUACCUUAGUAGGAUUACUACCAUCAUCAAGAAUUGGUAUAUCACUGUUUGUUAUCAUCAUUUUCAUUUUUCUUUUGGCUCUGCUUGGCAACCUGUCUAUGAUCCUCCUCAUCCUGUUGGACAAACACCUCCACACUCCCAUGUAUUUCCUACUUUGUCAACUCUCCCUCAUGGAUCUGAAUUACAUCUCCACCAUUGUCCCUAAGAUGGCUUUUAAUUUCAUGUUUAGAAACAAAUCAAUCUCCUUCAUUGGAUGUGGAAUCCAAAGUUUCUUGUUUUUGACUUUGGCAGGUGCAGAAGGACUUCUCCUGGCAUCUAUGGCCUAUGACCGUUAUGUAGCCAUUUGCUGUCCUCUUCACUAUCCUAUUCUUAUGAGAAAAAGUGUGUAUGUGUUAAUGACAGCAGGAUCUUGGAUGAUGGGGUCUAUCAAUUCCUGUGCCCAUACUACAUAUGUACUCUAUAUUCCCUAUUGCCAAUCUAGGGUCAUCAAUCAUUUCUUCUGUGAUGUCCCUGCCAUGUUGACUCUGGCUUGCAUGGACACCUGGGUCUAUGAAUACACAGUGUUUGUGAGUACCACCUUCUUCCUUGUAUUUCCUUUCAUUGCCAUUACUUGUUCCUACGGUCGGGUUUUCCUUGCUGUCUACCGCAUGCCCUCAUCAGAAGGGAGGAAGAAGGCUUAUUCGACGUGCAGCACCCACCUCACAGUUGUGACUUUCUACUAUGCACCCUUUGUUUACACUUAUCUACGCCCAAGAUCUUUCCGUUCUCCAACAGAAGACAAGAUUUUGGCCAUUUUUUACACUGUCCUCACCCCCAUGCUCAACCCCAUCAUCUACAGCCUGAGGAACAAAGAGGUUAUGGGGGCCCUAAGAAGGGUUACUCAGAGAAUGUGCUCUGUGAAAGUGUAG